UGAACCAGAGCUGUCCAUGGUGCUGAACCAGAGCUGAACCGGAGCUGUCCGCGGUGCUGAAUCUUGGGGCACGACCCUGCGCGCAGAGCAGGACCCAAGACAGACUAACAUAAAGAUUAAAAACAAUAAAACAAAAACAACCUGCUUGGAAAUAUUUCCUGUAUGGAUAUAUAAGAAGGAAUAAGUUAUUAUUAUUAUUAUUGUUACAAUAAACGAGGAGGAGAGAUAAGAGGAGCGGAGGUGAUGGCCAGACCUGCCCCCGCCCUCUGAACGCAGCGCCGCAGCCACGCACCAGCGGAGCCUACGUGCACCAGGACAGCAACCGAGGCUUCCCACCAGUGAGGUACGCCUUUUACGUCUCUUUCACGAGGAGAACUGGGGAGAUACAUUUACUAGGCUGUGCUUCUAAAAGGGUCCCCAUGCUGCUGCGACAAUGGGCUGCAUCAGCUCCAAAGCGCCUGUCGGUGAAUGUUGAUGACACCACUGAAAUGUUACCAAAAUCAAGAAGAGCUCUUACCAUUCAAGAGAUUGCUGCAUUAGCACGAUCCUCCUUGCAUGGUAUUUCACAGGUUGUGAAGGACCACGUGACGAAGCCUACAGCCAUGGCGCAGGGCAGAGUAGCCCACCUGAUAGAGUGGAAGGGAUGGUGCAAGCCCAUGGAGACCACAGCAGCCCUGCAGUCCGACUUCAACUCUUACUCUGACCUCAGCGAGGGAGAGCAAGAGGCUCGCUUUGCUGCAGGUGUGGCAGAGCAGUUUGCCAUCGCAGAGGCUAAACUGAGGGCCUGGUCCUCUGUGGACGGCGACGAGUCAAACGAUGACUCAUACGAUGAAGACUUUCUGCUUGCCAAUGAGCCCGCCACGCAGAGCACAGAUCUGCCGUCGUACCCGCCCUACCUGAAGGACCUGAUCCACAGCCAGCUGUGCCAGCAGCUGGGCCUGGGAGGGCCCUGCUCCGAGGGUGGGGGAGGCGUCGGGGAGGGAGGUGGGAGCAGAGACCCCUCCCCUCCGGCCGGCUCUCCAGACACCAUGUGCUCCAGCCUCUGCAGCCUGGACGAGCAGCACCCGCUGCUGCGUGACCUGGGUGCUCACCGCGGAACCCACUCCCACAGCAACGCCGCCGAGCUGGCCGCAAAGAUCCUGUCAGCGCUGCACGGAGGGGAGGAGCUGCUAGCUCGGCUCCAGAGGGUAGGGCAGAGCGGGCCGGCCGGGGGCGACUGCGGCUUCCACAGUCUGGGCAGGGGCGGGCGGGGCAGCAGGCCCUGCGGGGGUCAGGACUCUCCUUGCUACUCCAUGUCUUACUCUGAGACGUAUCUGUCUCCCGGUGAGGACGAUGACACGCCCUGCAAAGACUAUGAGAGCCCCGUGUGCCACGUGGAGGCGGAAGGCAACGGGGUGGAGUACCCGCCUCGCUAUGACCCACGCAGGAGGGUUUCUGACGUGGCCUCCUCCGGAGUCGUUUCCCUGGAUGAGGAGGAUGAAGAGGAGGAGCUGGAAGAGAGGGCAGAGGAGCCCAACGAGAAUUGAAUCCCUCCCUUCCAUCAACCAGGGGACUUUCUUUUUCUCUUUGCAAAUUCCAUUUUCCCCACGGCGUUCAAGAAGUUUGAACGUCUUCCUAUGAUCUUUAUUUCUCCACCUCUGACUGAUGUAUAAAUCAUCUGUGUUUGCCUUACUUGCAGCAUUUCACACAAUGUAACGGCUUUGUCCCCUUUUCAUGCCUCGACUCUCUUUGCUUUGAAGGCGUCCAAACAAUCUCUGUCAUCACUCUGAAAACAGUGAGCCCUGGACUCGGUGUGGCAGACAGUCCAGCAAAUCGUUGGUAUCAAGCGCACAGUUUUCGGCUCAGUCCCUGUCUGCUGAGCCAAGACUGAAUUAUCAUUGCAUGUGUUUUGCAAGUGCUGAAAUUAAUGGGCUGACCUGGUCUGGAGCACGAUUUGUAACCUCAGCUGUGCUGUAAUACUCGUGCCCAUCUCCCCAGCUUCUCCCAUGGGAGGGCAGGUUGACAUUGCAUCCUGCCACCCGCCCGUACCUUUGCACCUCCUUCCCUCUCCUUUGCAAGAGACUAAAUAGCAUCCUUUGGGGCAUGGCUUGCUGAGUAUGCCAAACUAUUUAACCCUGUCACUACCAAUUAUGAGUAAAUGCUGGAAUGUCUUCAAAGUGACAGGACAUAGUAUGUAUUUUAAGAUAACAAAAUCAAAAAAAGGGUUGGUCAUAAAAAAUGUGACAGAAAUGAUAUGCUUUUGUUGUACGAGUUUUUCUAUCACUCAAACAUGUUGUUGUUCAAGUUAUUCCAAACAUCAUUAUUAUGGACAUCUUUCUUGAUUGUGUAACUGCAACAACUGGAUAUUCCUAGGUGUUUCUGUGGAUUCCUGCAUGGAAGACACCAAAACUUUGGUUGUCUGAAAAAAUAAAAACACACAGCAGCAUCAGCAGUUACGACAAAUCAACAGAAAUCAGAAUGUUCCUGAACGGACACAGUUUGGACAGUGAAGAGAUAAGUUGCACCGGAGAUUUUCUAUAUUUUUGUAUGCGUUGUCUUGCUUUGAUCUCUUUGCCUAUGCGGCGUGCCAGUGUAUGUGGUUUUUUGCACGAAGCUAAUGUGGCUGUAGAUUUCUCCUUUUCUUCGUUAUCACUGUGUGAUAUAAUCUACUGGGAAAAAACGAACAAAACAAAUGUGAACAAAAAAAGUUUGGUUUUUAAUAUUUUACUUUAAAAGAGGAUACUGUGAUACAGUUUGUUAUUGACAUUUGUCCUGAUCCUCAUGAAGAGCUCUCGUUUUUUUCAUUUAUUCAAAAACUAGAGAAUGCUAUUCACUAUUUCCUCUUGUACUGACUAUUGAAAAGCCUGGCCUUUUAUUCAAUACGUUCCCUUCUUUUCUACAAUGCUUGCAAAAGGGCAUGUUUAUGUGACACAUGCAGUAUCUCCCAUCUCCAUGGUGACAUGAGAAACUCCGCUGAGGUGAUCCCAAAGGGAGUUGUCAUUCAUACAGCUCAGGUAAUCCCAUUGGACGAGAACAUCAGUGCAUCCCACCCAUGCUCACAACAUCACACUGAUGUCAUGCUCAUCCUUCAUGUCUGUGUGUGCAUGUGUGUGAGGGAUUGUGUGUGAGAAAGUCUGGUGAGCGCAGUUAUUUUCUAUAAAUAAUUAAAGCACAGGUUCAAUCCCCACCUCUAUGCUGUUUGUAUGGAAAUGCCUCAAUGAGAGACUUUGUGUAUUCACAUUUUCUGAAAUUGUGUGUGUGUGUGUGUGUGUGUGUGUGUGUGUGUGUGUGUGUGUGUGUGUGUGUGUGUGUGUGUGUGUGUGUGUGUGUGUGUGUGUGUGUGUGUGUGUGUGUGUGUGUGUGUGUGUGUUCAUGUGGUUGCAUUGUGAGGUGAUUUAUCCCAUUCCAAAACCCAUCUAAUGCAGCGAUUCCCUUUAAAACAAUGUCUGAGCUCUUGUUGGAGAACCUUUACUGAUUCUGGAGAUUGUUUUUUUUGUAAAGUAAUAUACAUCAAAUUAAGGGAUAGAUCUUUAAUUACUAAAAAAACACCAUCUAUUUUGCAGAUGUAUUAACGUGAAACUAAAAGGCAAGGAAUCCCAGUAAAGAGAGUAGAAGAAGUCAGUGAUAACUCAGGGGGAACUACUGAAGCUGUGCCUUUCAUACACCACAUUUGACCUCCACAGUUGCAUCAUCUUCAUUAUCACCAUCAUCAUUAUUGCACCUUCCAUGGUUAUUGAGGUUGAGUAAAAUUCAACAGUUUGUAGGUAUUCAUUUAAGGCAUCAAAAUCCCCUGUUGCAUCUCCCCGGUGGACGCUCCUGCUGUGGUUAGAGGUAAGAGUAGGGCCAUUUGCGUCAUUGUCCUUUUGUUUGACAUUAAAAGCCAGGUGAUGCUGGCUAGACGAGGUUAAACUUUUGUCCUGGUGUAGUGAUGCAAGCGCGCUGACGUACCCCGACCCUUUCCCCCUUCACUCGUCUUUGUAUUUAUGAGCUGACUUUGUCCCCCAUCGUGUAUGCAUUUUGUAUGCACCUCUCCAGGCAGUGUGUUUGUGUGUGUGCAUGUGAGAUAAAAAGACAAGUACCUUGAUUUCCAUUUUCUGUUUUUCGGCCUCUCACAUCCAGAUGAGUGCAUUUUAUUAUUACACUUCUGUGAGCCAUGACUUCAUCAUUCAUGGACAUAGACUCUGACUGCAUCCUAGAUUACACCCCAACUCAUUUUGUGGAGGUGACUCAGUUUCGGACUUCCUCGUAUUUUUAUCCUCAUGAGAACAUUUUGUCCUCUAAAGAAUAGAAAUAAAAGGCUUUCCACUGAUUCCCAGACAGCCUGAUGAAUGUGUCCCUUCGCCAUCGUUCCUUCAGUGUCCUGUCAUUUUGCAGACUCCUCCUCUCCUGUGACAUUGCGUCAUGUCUGCACCCCCCACACACACAC